AUGAAGAGACGCUGGCGAGCUCUUCUGGGGCUUCUGUGGGUCCAUGUUUGCUGGGUGAGAGGGAUGGAGGUGGAGCAGAGCCCUUCAGCCCUGAGCCUCCAGGAGGGAGCCAGCUCUACUCUGAAGUGCAAUUUUUCUAGCACUCCAGACAGUGUGCAGUGGUUCCGACAGAAUCCCGGGGGCGGUGGCCUCACCUCACUGUUUUACAUAGCCUCGGGGAUGAAGCAGAGUGGAAGGUUAAACUGCACAGUGAACACUAGGGAACGGUCCAGCACCCUCCACAUCACGGUCUCCCAACUGGAAGACUCAGCCACCUACCUGUGUGCGGCGCAGACACAGUGCUCCCUGGUGAUCUGCAGCUUGCACCCAAACUGCAGCUGGGCCUGCAGCCCCAGCCCUUCCCUGGGGCGGGCAUUUGUCCCCAAAGCAGAAAGUCCUUUGCAGGUAAAAAGCUCUACCACGGAGCCGCUGGAGCAAGUGCCCGAGACGCCCAUAGCCAAUGCCCUGGGAAACCAGAUCUCACGGCAGCUAGCAUAUAAAUUAUUUGUACGUAGUCAGAUGGAAAAGGUUCUAAAAAUUAGAUGGUCUUCAACAAAUAGAGAUGACUGA